GUUUGUAUCUGCUUGUUUAGCGCCACUCUGCUGGCUGUGGCUGCUGUGAGUGUGCGAUUCCAGGUGGGCUCACGCGUUUUCAGGGUGGAGAAGUCUUGUUCGAAAAACAGCAGAAGGACACAGCCUGGCUGAGGUAGGAGAGCAGCAGGUCCUGGAGUGGCAGACUCAGCUCUGGCCUCACCUUCCUGUGCUUCAAGGAAAACUCAUCAGGACCUUUGUAUCUGGAAAGCUGUGUAAAUGUGAUCAGUGUGAGUAAUGUUUACUAUGUUCUCCUUGAGUAGCGUGAGUGUGGGCAUCUGGAGAGAAUGCCCUUUUUUUUUUAAAAUCAGAUUGGGGGUUUAAAGUUAGGGAUUGAAAAUGACCUUACUGUAAAUUCUAUUAUCAGAGUUUAACUGUCCGUCAAGUUAAUUCUAAAGCAAGGGUGGGAACCUAUGUUACCGUCUCCUGUGACCCAAAGAAUGGUUUCUGCAGGAUUCUGUCAUGCUGGGAGACCGUUUAGGGUGUUGACAAGCUGAGCCCCGUAAUGACUUAGCAUCACAAAGGGCUGGUUGGAGUUGUUUAGAGGAGUCUUCUUUGUGAUCUGCCUCAUUAAGUGGCCCUGCUCUUAGGUAGGAGUCAAGGAAUCUAGAAUGAAGAACACACAGUAGUCCUACCCUCCAGGAGCUGGCUUGGGGGAGGAGGGGCGUCAGUGUCAUUUUAUGUUAAUGGCCACCCCUAGAGAGGCGCAGGGAGUUACAGUACAGUUUCUCUUUGCCCAUCUUCUACCCCUGGCCAUCUAGCCUGUCCCCUUCUUUCCCUUUCCAAAAAAUUUAAGUGUAGUGUAGACUAUUAAUGAAUGUUUUAGAUUUCAUUUCUAAUUUUUAAAAAUUGAGUGAAUGUAAGCUAUUACAAGUCUCUCUCCCCCUCAACUCAGUUUCAUUGCUUUUUACUUAUUUAUAGCCUUCAAAUAAUUUUUUUUGUUUCUUUUCCCUCUGGUUUGUGGCUGUCAGACAAAAAACUGAUCCGGUGAAAGCGAUGUGACGAGAAGCUCUGUCCAGAAGAGCUAUAGUCUAGACUGUUAGAAUUUUAAUUUUUUCCAGAGCAUGCUUGCUCUGGAUUUUUUUUUCCAUUGUAAUAUGCCCAUCCUUCACUCUUGAACUUUAAGUUUUGUUCCUUGAAACUCACCUUAUUGUUGGACACUUAUUUUGAGGUCGUGAUGUCUCAGGAGAAGGAUGUGGAGUGUCAGCAGUCCCACGGCAGUGCCUCCUCGCAGGCCCAGAGUGGCUCCUCGCAGUCCCAUGGGCUUUCCUCACAGACACAGGGCACCUCCUCGCAGUCCCAGGGCACGUCCAGCUCCUCCACCAGCACAGCGCCCACGUCCAGCCAGUCCUCUCACUCCAGCUCGGGGACGCUGAGCUCCUUGGACACAGUGUCCACUCAGGAACUCUAUUCUAUUCCUGAGGACCAAGAACCUGAGGAGCCUGUCCCUGUCCCUUGGGCUCGAUUAUGGGCCCUUCAGGAUGGAUUCUCCAAUCUUGACUGUGUUAAUGACAACUACUGGUUUGGGAGGGAUAAAAGCUGUGAAUACUGCUUUGAUGAGCCACUGCUGAAAAAAACGGAUAAAUACCGGACUUACAGCAAGAAGCACUUUCGGAUUUUCAGAGAAAUGGGUCCUAAAAACUCUUACAUCGCAUACAUCGAAGAUCACAGUGGGAAUGGAACCUUUGUAAAUAGAGAGCUUGUAGGGAAAGGAAGACGCCUUCCUUUGAAUAACAAUUCUGAAAUCGCACUUUCAGUAUGGAAUAAUAAAGUUUUUGUAUUUUUUGAUCUGACUGUAGACGACCAGUCAGUUUAUCCUAAGGAAUUAAGAGAUCAAUACAUCAUGUCAAAAACUCUUGGAAGUGGUGCUUGUGGUGAGGUGAAGCUAGCUUUUGAGAGGAAAACAUGUAAGAAAGUAGCCAUAAAAAUCAUCAGCAAAAGGAAGUUUGCUAUUGGCUCUGGGAGAGAGGCUGAUCCAGCUCUCAAUGUGGAAACAGAAAUAGAAAUCUUGAAAAAACUAAAUCAUCCUUGUAUCAUCAAGAUUAAAGACUUUUUUGAUGCUGAAGAUUAUUAUAUUGUUUUGGAAUUGAUGGAAGGAGGAGAGCUCUUUGACAGGGUGGUGGGGAAUAAACGCCUGAAAGAAGCUACGUGCAAACUCUAUUUUUACCAGAUGCUCCUGGCUGUACAGUACCUUCAUGAAAAUGGCAUUAUCCAUCGGGACUUAAAGCCAGAGAAUGUUCUCCUCUCAUCUCAAAAAGAGGACUGUCUUAUAAAGAUUACAGAUUUUGGGCAGUCCAAGAUUCUGGGGGAGACCUCUCUCAUGAGAACCUUAUGUGGUACCCCCACCUACUUGGCUCCUGAAGUUCUUAAUUCCUUUGGAACUGCCGGAUAUAACCGUGCUGUGGACUGCUGGAGUUUAGGAGUUAUUCUUUUUAUUUGCCUUAGUGGGUAUCCACCUUUCUCUGAGCAUAAGACUCAAGUGUCACUGAAGGAUCAGAUCACCAGUGGAAAAUACAACUUCAUUCCUGAAGUCUGGGCAGAGGUCUCAGAGAAGGCUCUGGACCUUGUCAAGAAGUUGUUGAUAGUGGAUCCAAAGGCACGUUUUACAACAGAAGAAGCUUUAAGACACCCGUGGCUUCAGGAUGAGGACAUGAAGAGAAAAUUUCAGAAUUUGCUUUCUGAAGAAAAUAAAUCAACGGCUCUACCUGAGGCCCCAGCCCAGCCUUCCACAAGUCGAAAGCGGCCUCUUGAAGGGGAAGCAGAGGAUUCUGACACCACAAAGCGCCCGACUGUGUGCACUGCUGUCUCAUGAACACUAGCUGAACAUGGAAGAAAUGUACCUUCUUGAACCUUGCUGACAUUUUCUUGAAAUCUGUUUUUUUUUAAAUAACCUUUUUUUUUAAAAUUUAGGUUAUAAUAGCUUACAACACUGUGAAAUUUCAUUUGUACAUUAUUUUUUGUUAGUCACCAUAUCAGUGCUCCCCUUUACCCUUUUGUGCCCACGCCUGCAGCCCCCUUCCCCCUGGUAACCACUGAACUGUUCUCUUUGUCCAUGUGUUUGUUUAUCUUCC